AUAAGCUGAGCUGACAAGCGCAAGCGCUCCCUCCCCCUUCACUCCAAUCUUGGAACCAAAGCUCACGCGUAAAAGCCGAGCAAAGAGCAACAAGAUCAAGCCCAUGGAGGAAGCAGCGUAUCCCGUUGGUUUGGAUCCUGCAAGGCUGGCGGAGGCGCCGCGGCUGGUCGGCUCGGUUUCUCGGGCCAUCGAGGGACUGGCCACCGAGAUCCAAUCGCGCGGCGGCCUGCACGGCCACGUCUCCCGGGCGUGGGGGCGCGGCUGGAAGGCGCCCUUCCCGGAGCUGGAGGUGCUCAAGGUCCACAUGCUCAAGAUCUGGUUCAUCUCCGCCGACGCCGACCCGCCGCGUGCCGGUGACAAGGCGCUGGCUAAGCAAGCCAGAGACGCCACCUAUUUGGUGGAUGGACUUCAGGACAUGAUUCAGUACAGUAUGCUUCUAUCCUACCUAGCCCCGCGCGCCAAGAUUCAAUUCAAGCUGCUUUCCGCUCUGAGGUGCCUGCUUGCUUUCGGGUUUUCAAAUCCAAACAAGAUCUUGAGGGGCAUCAAACUUGUGAAUGAAGAAACUCGCAGGCUUGGCCAUCUGCUGGAAAAGGAAAAGGCCGCUGGCAAUCCUCUGCCGCCGCCACCUUAUUCGGGCAAGCAAGUUCUUCAGAGGGGGCUAGUAUUUGGGCGCCACAAGGAUGCCAAUGAAAUCGUGCAGAUGCUCAUCCAGCCGUGCGGUAAGCCUGCAACUGAGAGGAUUGUCUCCAUUGUUGGUCCGGGGGGCAUCGGGAAGACCACGCUGGCUCAGAUGGUAUCCAAUGAUGCAAGAGUCAGGCUGCAUUUUGAUGUCACAUGUUGGGUAUCCCUUUCCAGUGUUUCUAGCAAAGUGGAGCUUGCUGCAGAGAUCUUAAGGUUGGCUCACCCAGCUUGGGACGGGUCUGCUGAGAAGAUGCUGGAUUUUCAGAUGCUUCAGUCUGAGCUCCAUCGGUUUGUUACAUCCAAAAGGUAUCUCAUUAUUCUAGAUGAUGUUUGUUGUAGCAGCACGGAUGAAUCCUGGCUGGACAUGUUCACUCCUCUACAGUCUGCAGAUAUUGGGAGCAGAGUUUUGGUGACUUCUCGCACCAACACCGUGCCUCACAUGCUGGGUGCAUCACAGAUGUACAAUGUAAACCCGCUUACUAGUGACGACUGCUGGGCCCUGCUUAAGGAACAUGCUUUUCCGAGUGAUACCGAGGAUGUCCAUCCAGAUCUUGAGCUGGUCGGGAGGAAAAUUGCUGCAAAAAUCAGUGGAUUACCUUUGGCUGCCAAGUUGCUGGGAGGGGUGCUAAGAGCUUCAAGGAGUGAGUCACACUGGAUGAAUAUCUUGGAAACAGAACUGCAAGACAACACUGUUUCCCCCGCUAUGCACUUGAGCUAUAAGUACCUGCCAGCACACCUCAAGCGAUGCUUUGCAUACUGCAGUUUGUUUCGACAUGCUUAUAAGUUUGAUCCAGCACACUUGUCCCGUCUUUGGAUUGCCGAGGGUUUUGUUCAACUGCAAGGCAGGGCUGACAAAAGGAUGGAAGACAUAGCUAGAGAAUAUUUUGAUCUGCUCCUUUCACGCUCUUUUUUUCAGGAAAUCAAGCUUGGACCCAAGACAUACUACUUGAUGCACAGUUUACUGCAUGAUCUUGCAAAGUCUGUUGCAGCGGAGGACUGCUUCCAUAUUGAAGAUGGCAUGAAAUGUGACAUCCCAUCAACAGUGCGCCAUUUGUCGGUCACUUUGCACAGUCUACCUGCUCUCACGAGCUUCCGUGGGCUAGAGGAGCUGCGCACCUUGUUAAUCCGACCAUCAAUUACGUCCUCCUCCAGCACCUUCCUGGAGGAUUUUGCUGUGAAUUUAAAAAGUAUCCUGGAGAAGUCAAAGCAUUUGCGUGUUCUUGAUCUCAGCGGCUAUAACUCCAAAGAGUUGCCUUAUUGCAUCUAUGAAUUGCUGCACCUCCGUUACCUAUCUAUCCAUGGCUCCAUCCAAAGACUAUCUGAGUCCAUUGCCAAGCUUCUGCAUCUGCAAACAUUGUGCAUCACUGGAAAAUGUUCCCUUGAGAAGCUUCCUGCGAGCAUUAGUAUCUUGGUCAAUCUGCGGCAUCUUAUGGUUGAAAUAAAGUAUACUGCAGGAUUGGUAGGCAUUGGCCAGCUGACAAACAUGCAGGGAUCACUUGAGCUCCGCAUUGAGAAGAGGGAAGGACAUAAACUAGAAGAGCUGAAGAACAUCAAUGGUCUUCGUGGGCUACUAAAAAUAAAAGGUCUAGAAAAUGUUUCAAGCUAUGAAGAAGCCUGCAAAGCUGAGUUGAAUAAGAAACUUCAUCUUAAUUCUCUGAAUUUGGAAUGGAGCUCCGCUAGUAGAAAUAGCUCCCCUUGUGCUGAUGCAAAGGUACUUGAAGGUCUGCAGCCUCACCAAGACAUCAAGGUACUUCAUAUUAGAAGAUAUUGUGGCACCAAAGCUCCCAGCUGGCUAGAGCCGUUGCAACAACUGCGUUCCUUGCACCUUAUCAAUUGCAGGAGUUUAUGCAUUCUUCCUCCAUUGGGAAAUUUGGGAUCACUCAGAUAUUUACACAUGAAGGAGCUGUGUGCAAUUGACCAGAUUGGACAAGAGUUUUAUGGCACAGGUGAUGUGGCAUUUCCAUCUCUAAGUGUCCUUGAAUUUGAUGAUUUCCCAAAGUUGCGUCAGUGGGCUGGCAUAGAAGACAAGAACUCAUUUCCAUGCCUUGAAAGUUUAAGUCUGAUUGAUUGUCCAGAAUUGAUCCAAAUUCCUUUGUUACCCCAAGCUACUCGUGAAGUUACCAUCGAACGUACAAGGUUGAUACCAUAUAUGAGGCUUGCGCCCUUGUCUUCAAGUUCAGAAAUGCUCCAGCUGGAUGUUUGCGCAAGUUCUGUCGUCCUCGAUAGACUACUCUACAGACAUAAUAUAGAGUCCAUUGCAGUGUUAAACAUAAGUGGGGCUGAACAGCUUGUUGCUUCUGGACAACUGGGGUCUCUUGUUUCUCUGCAAAGGCUUGAGCUCUCUCAGUGUGGUCUUACUGACCAGGCUUUAAGAAGCUUUCUCCAGGAUCUGCCUUGUUUGUCCUCUUUGGAGAUUAUAGACCUUCCUAACAUAACAUCGCUUCCUGUAUCGGGAACAGUCAAGUUCUGCACAAUGCUCACUGAGUUGUGCAUUCGCAACUGCCAGUCGCUUUGUUCUCUAUCCUCAUUGCAGUAUUUUGGUUCACUAAAAUAUCUGGUGGUCGAAAGAUGCCCUGAAGUAACUGCAACAUCUUUUCCGGUGAACCUUAUGAGCCUUGCAUAUCUGAAGGUGCUGAGAUUGUCAUACUGCACAGAGCUUCAAUCUUUACCAGCUCUGCCAUCCUCACUGGAAACACUUCAUAUCUUUGGGUGCCACCCAGCGUUGUCUAGGCAGUCAAGAAACAGGAAUGGGAAUUAUGUUGAGAAGCUUGCAGUUGCACCUAGCGUAUUGAUUCAGUGACAGAAUAUUGUGCAAGCGGUUCUAAUCGAGAAGGUAAAAUCCCCCGCAUCAUCAUCCUUUAAGCGACGGGCUAUGUCCAGGUCCGAAUCCCACUUGGCCUUCUUCGGCUGCUCUUCCUUGCCAUUGCCGGAAGAUGCCAAUUGGCGAAUGCAUCAGCCCACGGAAGCAGCGGGGAGGCUUCUCUUUUCGGAGAAAAAAAAGGCGGCCUUGCUGCGGUGCGAGUGGCCGCACGGGUUGGAGCCAAUGGGUGGUCGUGGCCUUCACGAUCUGGUCCAGAUCUGCAAUCACUCACCACUCGAAAGAUGCCCUGAAGUAACUUCAACAUAUGAAGGUGUUGAGAUUGUCGUACUGCACAGAGCUUCAAUCUUUACCGGGUCUGUCACCCUCACUGAAAACACUUCAUAUCUUUGGGUGCCACCCAGCGUUGUCCAGUCUGUCAAGAAACAGGAACGGGAAUUAUGUUGGGAAGAUUGCAAUUGUACCUAGCGUCUUGGUUCAGUGACAGAAUAUUGUGCAAGGUAGUGUAAGAACAAAUAACUCCGGCAUCAGGUAAAAAAAUUGGGACCCUA